AGCAGCCCACGUCACGUGUCAGGAACUCGGUUUGUUGUGAAGCAAUCCUCCUGGAAUGAGGCACGAGCCCAUCGUGUGAAAUAGCAGUGUUCAACAACCUCCAUCAACAAUAAAAAACAUUCUGGAACUUCAAUAAUCCACUGACAGGCCAACAGGCUUCACGCGUAAGUUCAACAUUACACACGUGGGUUUAAAUGAGCACACGCUCUAGAAUCUCUCCAAGAACAUCUCCGCACCCUGAACCACUCCGAGGAAGAAACCGGAGGAGAGAGCAAGCUUCAACAAGAAGGGAUCGUUGAAAGAACUGAGAAAAGCGUAAAGCUGGAGGCUGGAAUUCAGGACGUCCAGAAGAACAGCGAAUCUUCAGGAUCCACCCUUGAAGAGAAAAUGGUCCGGAGUGAACUGGUGAAGGAGAUCUCCAUGUGUGUUUCUCUGCCCAUCGAGGUGAUGAGUCCUGACCAGGAGGUCUUCCCUUUCCUGAAGACCACACUGGCAGAUCUGGGUAUUGACGAGUCCGCGGUGAAAGAGCGGGUGGUGUUGGUGGACACCAAGCGCACGCAGGUCAGGAGCAAAUCUGGGAAACUGAAAGAGAAGGAGGUGUCGGUGCUGGAGAUACGAGUGAAAGCACGAGUUCCUGGGCAAAGCGACUGCAAGGAGGUUCUUUACAGCACCGAGUCGCACACCGACCGCUUGUACUGCCGCAGCGGCAUCUUCUUCGUCCCGUGGGCGCACUCAGAUGACCACGAGCCUGUAGAACUCACGCUGGCGUUGGAGGAACAAUCUCACACCACAACGGAGAAGAAGAAGUCAGAAGAUCAGAUUCCAGCACAAUAAUAAUAAUAAAAAUCACACGAUGUGUUUCAGGUUUUCAAAA